AUGGACUACCAGAACCGCGCUGGCUCCAAGUUCGGCGGCGGCGGCGUCGCCUCGCACAGCGCCACCAACGCCGACCGCCGCGAGCGCUUGCGCAAGCUCGCUCUCGAGCAAAUCGACUUGGACAAGGACCCCUACAUCUUCAAGAACCACCUCGGUUCCUUUGAGUGUCGCCUCUGCCUGACGGUGCACCAGAACGACGGCUCCUACCUCGCCCACACCCAGGGCAAGAAGCACCAGACCAACCUCGCCCGCCGCGCCGCCCGCGAACAAAAAGAAGGCAAGGGCGAAGUCGACCCGCACACGGGCCUCCCCGUCGGCGUCGUCGGCGCGGGCUUUGCGGCGCUCGGCCUCGGCGCGGGCGGCCCGCGGAAGAACGUCGUCAAGAUCGGCCGCCCGGGCUACAAGAUCACCAAAGUGCGCGACCCCAUCACGCGGCAGCAGGGCUUGCUGUUCCAGCUGCAGUACCCGGACAUCGGCACGGGCGUGACGCCUAAGUGGCAGGUCAUGAGCGCCUUUACGCAGCGCGUCGAGGAGCCCGACCGCAACUUCCAGUACCUCCUCGUCGCGGCCGAGCCGUACGAAACGUGCGGCUUCAAAAUACCCGCCCGAGAGUUGGACAAGCGCGAGGACCGGCAGUUUGAGUAUUGGGAUCCGGACGCCAAGGAAUACUGGGUGCAGAUCAUGUUCAUGACGGAGCGCGAGGAGAGGUUUAAUGCUGCGCCUGGAUUGACGGGGCGGCGGUGA